UCAUCGGUGCCGGGUGGCUUAGUGUCAGUCAGGCUUUGUUGUUAACUGCUUCUGUUCCCAAGAUUCAUUUCUAUUUCUCAAAAUUAAAAAAAAGUAUUUUUCUAGUUCUCGAACAAAAGCCGGUUGUUUAAACAAUAAUUGCCUUUCUACACAAUUUUUGACCUUUUUAACGAACUUUUCUCAAUUGUUAUUUGAUUCGUUAUUCGUUAUUUUUUUUUUCGAAAAAGAAAAAUAAUAAUAGUGAAAAAGUGAUUUUCUUUUUUAUAUUUCUUUGUUGGAAAAUAAUUUUCUACACUCAUGGAGGUUCUACCUUGUCCUGUCAAUGUGAACUUCAGCAACAAUAGAGCUGAAACUGUAACAGAUGAACUGGACGGUGCCUCUCAAGCUUUGGCAAAACGACUGGAAGUCGAAUUGAGAGCAGCGAAACAUGCUCAACUAGCUUGCGGUGAAGUUCUAUUACCAGCGGAUCUCCUUCCUAGAAUAGCUAAAGAUGUUUUAAUCAUGGCCGAAAAUGAACCCUGCGGUCUCAGAGGAUGCACACUCUUUAUCAAUUUCGAAACUGACAACAUGUGCCGAAGGCUCUCGAGGAUUCAGUGCGAUCCACAUUCUGUUUCGACUUUUGAAAUUUUUCUCACUCUCAAGCAAGAUCAUACAUCGUGGCAUAUUCUCAUUCCACAGUUUUUAAAAAAUCUAACUCGUGGAGGCACUAUAAUGAUCAGCAGGGAUUUUAUCUUGGAGAAGAAAAAACUCUACAGAUCUCAUCAACAAGACCAAUGAAGUUAAAAACUUUCUCUCUCGCCGCGUAUAUUCUUGAUUUAUAAUUUUUGUCUUUUAUCUCUCUCCCUCUCUCUCUUUAAAGAUGAAAAAAAAAUUCAUUGUCACUUUUUGUUUUAUAAAGGUGUUACAUUUGUAAACGAAAAACAAGGUCGAGAAAAAUAUCGUAUUAACUAGGCGAGAAUUAAAAGAAAAAAAAGGAGAGACUGCAAUUUUUACAAGUCUUUUCUAAAAGUGUGAAUUUCUUGCGUUAGAAUCUUGUGUUUUUUUUCGAUAUAAUGAUUUUUCUUUUAACAAGAAUGAAAUUACAAGAUGUUAAUAUCACUUGUGUUAAGGAUUAAUAGUAAAAAAAAGGGAGAAAGAGAAUAAUGAAGUAAAUUCUAUUGUGAUAGCAAGAAAGAAAAAAAAAAAAGAAAACAAAUUCUAGUAAUGGUUAGAAAGCUCUUCUGAGAAGAGAUUUUUGUCUUCGUUCGUGAAGAUACAUCAUCAAGACUUUAACAAAUUUCACGUGAUAUGUAGUGGUAAUUAGAUACGUAGAUAGAUAGAUAUAUAGGUAGGUUUUUUUUUUUUUUUUGUCAUUUUUACAUAUUGCCCACACACUGACACGAGCGCUAUUGUAUAAGACAAUCGUAUCAAAUAAUUCAUUUUAAUUAAUGCAAUUUUUGCCUUUAUAAAAAUAUUAACCAUAUCGACUCGAGUUCAUUUCACAACAUUUUUUUCUUGAGUAGCAAAAGAAAUUAUAAAUUUAUAAAUUUAUGAAUUUUCGGAAAAUCUUUCAAUGAAAAUAAUUCAAAGACAAAAAAACAAAUAUUAUUGUAAUUUAGAAAAAAGUAUUUUUUUAUUCGUGCGGUUAAGGUUUUUUGAAUUGUCCGACAUACACCGGUCCACUGAUUGUAUUGUGAUAUAAUUUUUAAGUUUACAAAAAAAAAAAAGCUGUCCAAUUGAUGUGCAACUAAUGUUCGUUUUGUCAAUGAAAGAAAAAUCAACUUUUCUCCAAAGGAAAAGUUGCACUUGCGAAAGAAUUUUUAUUCUAAAUUUUUAAAAUCUCUUUGAUUCAAAAAAAAAAAAAAAAAGAAGAGGCAAAAAUUUAGAAUAAAUUUUUCGAAAAAGAAGCUUGCACUCAAAAUUGCCAGUUGGCUAUGAUAAAAAAAGAAAAUUGUGGACGAGAAAGAUUUUGCAUUAUUUCCUUGUGCAAAAUCAUCCACUUAUUCAUGUGAUCUUUAUAUUGUGUUUAUAUAAAUAUUGAUUUGAAGAUAAUUAUAUAUAGAAAAAGAAAGAAAAACAAUUAACAAGUUAUAGUAGAACAAUAUUAUUAUUAUAUUGAAAAAAGAAACGAUAAAAAAAGCAUAUGUAAUUUAAUUUUUCACGUUUAAACGAGAUGAUAUUAUAUAAAUAUAUAUAUAUUAUAUUAUAUAUAUCUUAAGAUUAAGAAUAUUAGAAUAUUAUAUUGAUCAUGUAAAACAAACUUAUGCUUUCUUAAUCCUCUUUUCUCGCUCUUAUUUAAGACCCCUGGAGUGUUGUUUUUUGAGCCAUGUUCGUUAAAACAACAACAAUAAAUUUAAAA